UCCCCCCUCCCCCCCCCUCUCCUCACUUCCUCCCCUCUUCGUUGCCCCAUUCCUCCCAUUCCUCUCAUGCUCCCCGCGAUCCCCGACGCCGCGCCGGCCGCCAAUGCCGCGCCGACGGCCACCCCCCGCCAGUCCAUCCUCCCCAUCAAGGCACCGGCGAUGGCCGAGUACCCAAAUCCCUCGUACGUCGGGUGGGAUACCAUCCGCGCGCGCUUUAUCUGGAACGCCAGCUUCUCCAUGUUCAACCUUCUGGGCACCUCCUCGGCCGAUGUGCCGCGUGUGCGCCGCCUGCUGGACACCCAUGAUCGAUACCUGCGCGGGGAGGACGUCUACACGCCCGCCACGGCCAGCAACUUCGCCGUCGAUGCCAAUGGUCUGGCCAAGCCUCUGGCCCCGAACAAUGCCACCCUCUGGCACUACUUCUGGGUUCAGCGGUCCAUGGUCAACACCUCCACUGGUCUCACCCUUCCCUGGUACUUGCGGGAGUCUUUCCACACGAAUUUCACCUCGCCACUGCUGUUGGCUGUGGCUGCCUCGAUGUCCGGGCCGUUUGUCCUCCCCUUGGCCUACAGUGGGUUUCUCGCUUACCGGAACCUGAUCAAGCGUGUGCAUGCCUACGAGGCCGACCACCCGAGAUUCGAUGGCGUCCCGAAGUCCUCGAAUUUCGGCCGCGGCUUCUUUGACCUGAAUGCCAGCACCCAAAACAAGGGCUACCUUACUACUGGCGAGAUCCUCACCAUUCCCCUGCUCUCGCACCGCCUGGCAUACUUCUUCUUCAACAGCCGCCUCUUUGCCAAUGUCCGCCCUCAGCCCCGGAGCCUCGGCAUUCAUGGUUCCAUCCUCUUUGCGUCGGUGGCCUACGCUACCAUUAAGACCCGCAAGGAGGCCUGGCAGGAUGGCGGCCUGCCGGUGUAUGUCAAGGCUUCGGACCUGCUCAAGAAGGGUACGGUCACAGUGGCCUCGCAGGCGCAGGCCAACUGCGAUACCUGUGACCUGCCGAUCGGUCUGAGCACCCGGGCCCUGGUGCAGAACACCCGAAUGGCCAUCAUGGGUGGCUUCGCUGGGCUCUUCCUGAUCAUGGCGUCGGCUCUGCGGCAGCCGGGCGUGACGGCUGGCCGGGCUCUGCGCACCGGCGCCCUCCGCGCCGUCAUCGCCGGUGUCAUUUACCAGCCCCUGGUGGCGUCCCUUCUUCCGGAGGAGUCGUCGAUCAGCACGUCCUCCCUGCGCAACGACCCUCGCCCCCUGAUCAACCCGGAGAACCCGGAGGAGGCGCUGGCUCGGUCUGUUGAGGACCCCUACCGCACUGCCUCCAUGAUGGGUGUUGACCAGGUGCACUAUCGCAACCGACUGUACAUCUUGUGAGGGGAGUGUUUGGUUGAGGAAGCGGAGUGGGGCCCCAUGUCCAACAGGCAUCCAUGCGUGUGAACAUAUCCCCCUCCCCCUCUGUCCCCCUCUCUCUCUCUCUCUCUCU